UCCGGCAUGCUACAUAGCUAUCCUUAGGUUCUUUCCCAUGUGUGAGGCACAGCUAAUGCUUACCAAUAUAACAGGUCACUCUGCCACCAAGAAACCUCUUUAAUAGGCACAUAUCCAGCAUAGUGGACCCUGGGGUCAAGAGUGUUGAAACUGACUUCAAAAGUUUACCUGUUUCUCCAAGUUUCAUGAUUUCACUUUUUGAAACAUAAUAAAAAGAUAAUCAGCUUUAUUGUUGAUGGGAAAAAAAUAUAAGGACAGACAGGCUUAAAUUAUCUGUGCAUACAGAAUUAAAGAAUAAGGAAUAUUACCUUGUUGGAGGUACUCACUCAUUUUUAUACUUUGCUCCAGGACUGUUAGUCUUUAAGAAAUCCCCUUUAAAAUAGUGGUUGCAAAUUGGAGGCUCAUGUGCUGAAUUCAGCCUAUAUAAAUGUUAUGUUUGGCCUGUACAGUUAAAAAUAUUCUUUUAAAGUAACAUUUAACAACUGUACUAAAAAAAAAUGAUUUCUAGCUUCUCUUUAAAAGUUAGGAAAGUCGCGGGGGGUGGGGUGACGGUGGGAUGAAUUGGGAGAUUGGGAUGGACAUAUAUACACUAAUAUGUAUAAAAUGGAUAACUAAUAAGAACCUGCUGUAUAAAAAAAUAAAUAAAAUAAAAUUCAAAAAUUCCAAAAAAAAAAGUCGUAAGAUAUGGUGGCACUAGGCACAAGGCAGCAACUGGCUCUGACACUUGUUUCCUUUAAAAGAGUGAAGUGUUCAAUUCACUUACCCUGCCAUCCACAGAAUGCCUGCAUGUGUCCUCGAACCUACGGGACAUUUAAGUGAGUGUCUGCUGGUUUGGAAGAAGCUAGAAUUGGCUAGGACGGCCUGAAAUGGUAACUUUUGAACUGAGACCUGCAGGAUCUAAAAAUAGGGUGAUCACAAGCUCUGUGCCUCAGUCUCCUUAUCUGUAAAUUAGGGCUAUCAACGCGCAGUUGUGGGAAGGAUUGGCGAUGGAGUAAUGCAACGGGUUGGCUCGAAUUCGGCGCCCGAGCGCACGACUACGAUCCACCCUAAUCCUGGGAGGCCCCCGGACCCAAUACCGACCGGGCCCCCCGCGCUGCGACGCACCGCGCCGGGCCUCGCUCUCCACUCCUCCCCGCCGCGGACCCCGCGCUCCUCAGAGGUCGGCCCCGGGGCGCCGAGAGGCGUGGCCGACCUGCGUGGACCUGGCGGCAGCCAUGGCUUCGGUGGUGGAGUACAAGGGACUCAAGGCCGGCUACCACUGCGGCUACUGCGACUCCGAGGGCAAGGCGUCCUGCGGCAUGUGGGCACAUUCCAUGACUGUACAGGAUUAUCAGGAUCUCAUAGACCGAGGAUGGCGAAGAAGUGGGAAAUAUGUGUACAAACCUGUCAUGAAUCAAACAUGUUGUCCUCAGUACACAAUAAGGUGCCGACCUUUACAGUUUCAGCCAUCAAAAUCUCACAAGAAGGUUUUGAAAAAAAUGUUGAAAUUUCUGGCUAAAGGGGAAAUUUCAAAAGGAAAUUGUGAGGAUGAGCCCAUGGAGCCCACCAUGGAGGAUGCUGUUGCCAGUGACUUUGCGUUAAUAAAUAAAUUGGAUAUACAGUGUGACCUUAAAACGCUCAGUGAUGACCUCAAAGAGAGCUUAAAGAGUGAAGAGAAGAAGAAAGGAAAGAGCUCAAAGAGGGAAGAAUCUAAUGAAUUAAUCCAGUCACAAGAUACGGAAGAGAAGUUGGACUCUGGUGAACCAUCACAUUCAGUAAAAGUGCAUACAGUUCCUCAGCCAGGCAAAGGGGCAGAUUUGAGUAAGCCUCCAUGUCGAAAAGCAAAGGAAAUCCGGAAAGAAAGGAAAAGGUUAAAACUCAUGCGGCAGAACCCAGGUGGAGAACUGGAGGGUUUCCAGGUUCGGGGUCAGCCACCGUCUUUGUUCCCACCAAAGGCUAAAUCCAACCAGCCCAAGUCACUUGAAGAUUUAAUUUUUGAAUCUUUACCAGAGAGCGCAUCACACAAGUUUGAGGUGAGGCUAGUACCUGUCUCCUUUGAGGACCCCGAGUUCAAGUCGUCCUUCAGCCAGUCAUUUGCUUUAUAUGUCAAGUAUCAAAUGGCCAUACACCAGGACCCGCCUGAUGAAUGUGGGAAGACCGAGUUCACAAGAUUCCUUUGCAGCUCACCUUUGGAGGCAGAGAAUCCCGCUAAUGGACCAGACUGUGGUUAUGGUUCCUUUCACCAGCAGUACUGGCUUGACGGAAAGAUCAUUGCUGUGGGGGUGAUCGACAUCCUUCCAUACUGUGUCUCGUCUGUAUAUCUGUACUAUGAUCCUGAUUAUUCGUUCCUGUCUUUGGGUGUCUACUCUGCACUCCGAGAAAUUGCUUUUACUAGGCAGCUUCAUGAGAAAACGCCUCAACUCAGCUAUUACUAUAUGGGUUUCUACAUUCAUUCAUGUCCCAAGAUGAAAUAUAAGGGUCAGUAUAGACCGUCUGAUUUGCUGUGUCCUGAGACAUAUGUUUGGGUACCCAUUGAGCAGUGCCUGCCUUCACUUGAGAACUCCAAGUACUGCCGUUUCAACCAGGACCCAGAAGCAGUGGAUGAAGGUCGCAGUAAGGAACCUGACCGCCUGCAGGUGUUUUACAAGAAGGCCAUAAUGCCUUACGGCGUGUAUAAGAAGCAACGGAGAGACCCGGGCGGGGAGGCCGCCGUGCUGCAGUACGCAGGCCUGGUGGGGCAGACGUGCGCCGAGCGGAUGCUGCUCUUCAGAGACUGAACCGCUCCCUCGCCUCUCCGCCCGGCACCCCUGCCGGCGUUGUGCUGCUGGCGUGUGCGAGUUCAUUACCGGGGGCGACUUCAUUACCAGCGCAGGUUCAUUACCCGGGGGCAACUCUGUAACCAUCCGCAGAUUAGACUUCUUAAUUUUGGUGGCUAUAUAGCUUUUCUAAAAUAUUUUGUGGCAAUGUAUUUGUGAGAAUCUCAUGGUUAAUAUAAAGAUUUUUAAAACAUGUUAUGACCGAGACUCAUAAUUGGGGUUUAUCAUUUCGGAAGUCUGUUUUAUGAACAAGAGACGGUAAACUUCUCUUGUUAAUAUUAAAACAAACUGUUUCCUCAGAGCCAUUUAAAACAUUAGUUGAUGCUGAAAGACCUUCGGUGUGGGGAAGAAGUGGGAAUUCUGUGGCAUCACUUAGCAAACGUCUUCUCAAGGGAGCAAAACGGAGCUGUUACUCAGUGUUCAGUAUUCCAUCACUGCCGAACGUUAUCUUAUGUAGUUUAAUAGAAAACUUGAAAAAAAUGAAAUAGUACAAACUUCCAAAAAAGGAUGUUGUGUUAGCAUCGGAUGUCUCUUUACCCAGGACAGUCCUUUUCGUGUCUGCUGUCUUGGCACAGUUAUUUUUUCUAGAAUAAUUGUUACUCGUGCUCCCUUUUACUCUCCAGAAUAUCCCAGUUUGGACAAUAAAAUAUGUGAUUACCCUAGUUAUAUAUUAUAUUGUCGAAACUGGGAUACUUUGCGUUAUUUCUCAAAAUCUAAGAAGUGCAGUUUUUUUUAGAAAGUUGUUGGCUCCUGCCUUGCCCUAAGCGCCAUCAAAGGUAAAUAUAGACUAAUUUUUAUUUCCUUAGAACUCAGGACACUUGUUUUUGGUUAUUGAUUAAAAACUAGUUUCUAUCUGACUACUUUUAUAGCUGUGCUAUGCAUUGCAUUUAAGUGAGGUAGGCGUCAUCUUGACCUCUGUUCCGGGGCAGGAGGCGAAGCCACACGGUUCUUGCCCUUUGGUUUGGGGGCCAGAGAGGAGACACCACACUUACCAGUCUGCAGCAGAGGCGGGUCCUUCUUUCCCUCUCCCUUCUCUUAGUUGGUCCUUCACUCGUUCAGCGGAUGUCCCUUGUCCCCCACCUUCAAGGCGGCAGGCACUGUGCCAGGAGGUGGGAGGGGGUCAGGCGAGUCGAGCUGUGCUGGAGGCGGCGAGGGGCAGAGGAGGCGUACUCCCCUGUGCUCUUUCUCAGCUGACCACCCCCUGCUGCCACCUGCUUGGCCCCUGAGUCCUUUUCAUUUCUCAUUUUUGCCCAUUUUUUCAUUUCUGUUGAUGGAUCUUUUUAAAAACCUUGUUAUAAAACUUAGUGGCUUGAACCCCACUACCGAUUUUUAAACUUUUCUCUUAAAUUCACUGAGUUUAGGUAUAAAACAUUAGAAAAUAAUUUCGGCUAGCUAGAGUAAAGGAAGGAUCAUAAAACAAUGGUUUUAAAAAGUCAGAUGUCUAGAAGUUCAGCAUCCAAAUAAAUUGUAUUUAUUCAUUCAGGGAGAGAGAGGCGUGUAUGUGGGUAGCACCUACCAUGAGCAGGUGCUUAGCUGACUGGGGGUAGAGUAGUGAUGGCAUGGGUUUUGCAUUCUCUGGAAUUUUGUCCUUCAAAAUAGUCUCCCAAGAGCAUUUGAUAGACUCUUAUUUAGAACUGCCUUCAGAAUCUGCGGAACAUAUAAAAAAUAUUUCCCUCUAAAGUGAAGAUAGCUUAAUUUUUGAAUGAUUAUGAAAAUGAUACUUUAACAAGUAAACAUUAAGAAAAGCAUAAAUAAGAAAGUGAGAAUGACCUGAAAUCCUAUUGAGUUGAAAGAAAUUUCAAAAUAGGACUUCAGAAGCGUUGUGAGUAAUCUCAGUAUUAUUAAAAUAAGUAGGGUAGGUCCAUACCUGGUACCCUUGGCAUUGGAAUGUCCAGGUUGAUGUCAUCAGGUGCGUUAACACCAACUUUCGUCUUAGCGAUUAGUUGUAGAAUGGAAACAUUAAGAUCACACUCAAGUAUCAGAUGAAGAGAAAGCUUGAAUCUUACUUCUUACCACAACUCUGGUGUUUUCCUGCAGAGUUCAGUUUAGGGUUCCUUCAGAGGAAAAGGAUUAAGCCCCCUAUCUGGAACCGCGGUCUGUCCCUGUGCGUGGCAUUCUCGGUUGGCUCCAUCGAAGCUCCAGAGAGAGGUGGGCACGAAGAUGCUUCUACUCGGUUGCUAUUUUCGUGUGUUGUUUUUUCUGAGAGUAGACAGUGUAUUGAUCCUAACGAACAAAGUGUCUUCAAAAGACAAUUAUUGUUCUUUUGAGCCCUGCUGAGUGAAUGUUGAUAGUGGGCUAGAAAAGGACAGUCAAGGAGAGUGACUUUGCCUCGGUCAGGUGACAAGCAGCCUAGCUGAGAAAUCCGAUUUUACAUUAAUGGCUUUCACCUAAAGAAGGAUGCAUGAGAACCUUUCAAAGAUAGUUUUAUAUCUUUUCAAGGCUGGAAGCUUUGCAUUUACAAUCUUAGUGCUGUAGUCCCUGAUUUCAGAUAAAUUUAUACCUGCCUCCCUGUCUUGGGAGCAAAAAUGUAAUAGAGAUUCCCCAUGCUGUCAUCUUUAUUUAAAUUAUUUCAGUUCUGUGAGAUUUUGUUAUCUUAUUUGUUUUUAAUGUAAUCUAAGCACUUUCUUUAUAUUCUGAAAGAUAGAGGCUAUUACCAGAUGAAUAUAUUAUUCAUUUGAUUAAAAUUAUUUAGAUAAGAAAUUAUUACUGUUUAUGUUUGCUUUCAGAUAGCUUAUUCUAAUUUUUAUCCAUUUUGCAAAAUAUCAGUUGUAUAUGAUUUCUUAUGUUUUGGAAUUUAUGUAAAUGAAUCUUUUCAGAUUUCUGGACAGUACAUGGUUCAUUUGGUAAGCUUUAUGAUUUUCAGUAGAAUAAAGAUGAGAAAGAUGACGAUCAGCUGCUUAAAAUGCAUCUACUGUUGCUCUCUUUAAAGAAGGAAAUGAAAUGGAAACAAUUGGGAAAUGUUUGAAUUAGGCUAGUUACUCAAAUGUGGAUUAUUUUCCAAAAGAAAACCAGUGACUGUAAGACAAAACACGUUUGAUUUUUGCAUGUGAUAUUUUUUGCUCUUGUAUAUGCUUUUUGAACAGUCCAUUUGAUAAAGCUUGAAUGGAAAAAAUAAAACUCCCUGUCUGCAGCGGC